ACAUCUUCUGCUGCUGCUAUUAGAAUUUAAACAAAUAAUUAACGGUUAAUCCUUCAUCACUCACAACACAAUGAAUCCCGUAGAUCCGAAUUGGAUUGAAACUCAACAUCGUUCCUUUUUAAAUUGGACGAAUAGUCAACUACGAAACAAACAUGUUCAAUUGACUAAUUUAACAGAAGAUUUAAAGAGUGGAGUCCAUUUACUUGAAUUACUCUCCGAAUUACUUCAUACUCCAAUACACAUUCCAAUUACAAAUCCACAGUUUAGAAUACAAAUGAUGAAUAACUUGACAGAAGCUUUGGAAAUUAUUCGAAAGGAUUGUGACAUUUCCUUGAUAAAUAUUGAUUCGAAUGAUAUAGUAGAUGGAAAUACCAAGUUAGUUUUAGCAUUAAUUCACUCAUUGAUGUAUAAAUAUCAAGUAUGUAAAGCAAUGAGUGAUGACAGAAAUGUCAUUGACAAGAAUACGCCAAUGACAGUUGUUGAAAAGCAAUUAAUUGAUUGGUUGAAUUCAAUUUUAUAUAAUUCUCAACCUGUAAUUACAAAUAUUACAAAUGAUUGGACAAAUGGUGAACAUUUGAAAAAUCUAGUUCAUUAUUUUCUUCCACAUAAUUUCGAACAAGUAUUCGAAAGUUUGAAUUCAAUGAAUCCGACUGAGAAAAUUGCAGAAUGUAUUAAAUUAGCUGAUCAAGAAUUGAAAAUUCCAAAGAUUUUAGAAGCUCAAGAUAUUUCCAAUGCUCAACAAGUUCCUCCUCCACCAAUUCAAGUCGAAACUAAACCAAUUUCACAGCCAACAGUUUCUUCUAUGAAUUUUGAUGAUAUUUCAAGUGCUCCACCAUUGUCUCCUCCUUCCAUUGAUGAGCAAAAAUUUAAUUAUCAACAACAACCUCCAGUCCAGAAUUGGAAUUUACAACCAAGUCAACCAGUCCAACCAGUUCAAUAUUAUCCACAAUCUCAUCAACAAUCAUUGACCAAAUCAACCUAUCUUCCAGAUCAAUCCAAUCAAGCAAAUUCUCACAUUUCUUCAUUAUAUUCACCUGGAAAUUCAAAUUCUGUUCAACUCAUUCCACAAAUUCCUUCUCCAAAUCAACAAGUGUACGGACAAGAAAACAAUCAUCAAUCAUUGAUGGUUCCACCACCUCUAAUGCCAACACAAUCAUUGCAACCAUACAUGGAUCCAUAUCAACAGUUUAAUGGAAUACCAACUCAACACAUGAUGAUGAUGAAUCAAUAUUCUCCUCAAAUGCAACCUCCUCCACAAAUGCCUCCACAACAGCAACGACAACCAAUGAUUAUCACCACAACUACUACUACAAAUAAUCAUCAAGUAUUCACAUCGGAUAAUAUGCAAUAUGGAUAUUAUCAACAACAAUUUUAUUGAGUAAAUUGAAAAUUUGAAAUUCAAUAAAUUUUUAUUGU